UUGAGUUUCUUUUGUGAGUGUUUAUGUGGUCGGGUCAGAAAUUUUUUGAUGUAGAAAGGGGCAUACAGAAGAUUUUCUGAUCAGCUCGACCCGUAGAAGCUUCUUUGUUGGCCGUGUAAAAUUGGUGUCACACGCGGCCAGCAGAUGAAGAACAUACAUUUAGCCCCAAAAGCAAAGCCAAAGCUUUAAUAUUCUCCUAAGAGGUCAAGAAAAUCAUCAACGAAAAGCCCUAAUUUGCACCAAAAGGUCUUUUCCAUCAUAAACUCAAAACCCUUUCCUUGCAUUACAAACUACCUCUUCAAAGUGAUAAAAAAAAAAAUAUGGUGAGGAGAAGAGAAGGCCUUACCUUACCAAUCUCGACUUCAACGCCAUCACUUCCUGAGCCACCACCUGAUGUUAGAAUAGUGGCGCCAUUAGGCUCGCAGAAACCAAAGCAGCGGUUAUCUAAGCAAUUAUCAAUGCGUGAGACACCACGAGAUGUUGCUUGGGAAAAAAGGCGCCGUCAGAUGUUAAAGAUUCAAGAGAAGAAGCACAAAGGCGUCUCUGAAAACGAAUAUGAUCCAACGGAUCUAACCGAUGAAGACUUAAGGGAGCUCAAAGGAUCGAUCGAGUUAGGGUUUGGUUUCAAGGAAGAAGCCGGAUUGAAGCUGUGCAACACAUUACCAGCAUUGGAUCUUUACUUUGCUGUGAAUAGGCAGCUUUCUCCUCUACCUUCACCUAGUAGCAGCCGUAGCAGCAAUGGAGGAGAUGGCUCCUUGUCUUCUACUUCUGCUUCCUCAAGCAGCAUACCUUGUAGCCCCAAAACUGAUUCAGAUUCCUUAAAGAUCUUGUGCCCUGGGGACAAUCCUCAACAGGUGAAACAAAGAUUAAGGCACUGGGCACAAGCUGUUGCAUGUUCUGUGAUGCAAUCUCACUAAUGAGUGUGUAUAGGUUGUAACUCUAAGUUUCAACUUGAAGUAUUUUUUUUUUAAUUUUGUUGGUGAGAUAGGACAGAGAAUGAAUCCUACUAAGUAGGAUCUCUCUGAAAGAGGUAAGAACAGAAAAAGAUGGAAAUUUUUUGAGGAAAAAACAAUAGAGAGAGUAAGAGAUUUUGGCUCUCUCUACAUACUUGUGGAAAGGGAACAAGAAACAAAAGAGGAAGCCCUUUCUUAUUCAUGUACUGUAUGCAUAUGACCUUUUAAUAUAUGGUCGUGGAUUUGAUGAAUGUUUUCCUUAAGAACCUUACAUGUGUAAUUGC